AGAGCUGCUGUUUCGUUGACGGGAGGAGCGAAGAGAGCGGGAAACACGAUGGCGGAUCGCGAGAAACUCGUACAACUUGCCAAACUGGCUGAGCACGCUGAAAGGUAUGACGACAUGGCAAACGCCAUGAAAGAGCUCACGGAGGGGAGCGGUGCCGAAUUGUCCAACGAAGAGAGAAAUCUCCUCUCGGUUGCCUACAAAAACGUUGUCGGAGCUCGCAGGUCCGCGUGGAGAGUGAUCUCCUCCAUCGAAUCUAAAACCUCCCAAGCCAAUCAGCAGCAGAUCGCGAAUGAGUACAAACUGAAAGUCGAGCAAGAACUCAAGGAUAUCUGUAACCAGGUCCUUGCUCUGCUGGAUGGAUUCCUGAUUCCGAAAUCCACGUCCGCCGAGUCCAAAGUGUUCUAUUUGAAAAUGAAAGGAGACUAUUUCCGCUACCUGAGCGAAGUCGCCCAGCCCGCCUGUCGCGACGAAGUGGUGAACAAUUCUCAGACCGCGUACCAGGAAGCCUUUGAAAUGGCCAAGAGUAAGAUGCAGCCAACGCACCCAAUCAGGUUGGGUUUGGCGUUGAACUUCUCUGUAUUCUACUAUGAGAUCCUGAAUGCGCCGGACAGAGCUUGUCACCUCGCAAAACAGGCCUUCGACGACGCCAUCGCUGAGCUCGACACGUUGAACGAAGAAUCGUACAAGGAUAGCACUCUAAUUAUGCAGCUCCUCCGGGACAACCUCACAUUGUGGACGUCCGAUACCCAACAGGAGGAAGAAGCACCCGCACAGUAAUGGCAUCAGAUGGCUUCCAAGCCGGUCCUCGCCUCCUUCUACGAUUCGAUCAGACAUCGGCCACUUGAAUAGGUGUGAUCCGAUCUAUCCGAGGAGCCACUCAAUAACACCACUAGAACACAUUCACUCACUACUCACUCACAUGCUAGGGCUCUGUGAUAUCCGGCUGACUUUCUUUAGAAAAGUUUGAUAUUGAGACACCAUUCGUCAGUUCAUCGAAAAAGCCGAAGCGGGCGCCAGCGAAACUUCCUCCGAACAAACUUGCGGUCUUCUCGAACGCGUAACAAGCGAUCGCCGCGAAAGAAGGAACGAAUCGGAAGAACAGAAUCGAAUCCGGCUUCUUUGUGUAGAGAGAGAAAACUGCACCGAGGCAUCAGUAUGGUAUUACAAUUUUAAUAUCUGUCGAAUUCGUCGUCUGUUGACAGGAUCACGUUCACAGUUUCUCUAUGGAUAGAGAUUUCUAGAUGAGGAUUUCCAGGAAGUCGCUCACUUUCACUUCGAACUCGUCGUUUGCCCACCUCAACUGCCAUGAUCUGCAUCAAAGAUAAUGAACACCAAACUUCUCUUUGUUCAUCAAAAUAAAAAGUUAAUAUAUCACUUCCGGAAA